ACCCCAAAGAGUAUAAUAAUCUAAGUAGGUAUAGUAACUUAACCCUAUUUCAAAUUUAUGUGUUAAAAGAUGUUAGAUUAAAAUUAAAUGUUUUAAUGUGUGAUGCAGCAUUAUAUCAUACCAUACAAAUUGCGUCUGAUAUCCCGUAACGAAGGUAAAAUAAAAUCACAUGACUCGUGUGUGGACAUCAGAGCUUGGAACCACAAUGUGGCAGUUCGUGACGGGCACCUCAGAGCGUGGAUCAAGAGUGAUAUGCCCUGCUGUGUAAUACCCGUUUCAACACUAGUUGCGGCUGUAAGGGUUAUGGGUUGCAGGCGCCGUGGCCGCCUCACACCAAGAUGCCAUCCAAAUUGCAAAUCCAAAGAAGUACUGGAAAGUAUAUGCAAUUCUUGUCAGACUAUUAAAGAAUGCUUUCAAAAUAAUCCACAAUAUGAAAAGUAUUUUAGUGAAGAAGAAUUCGAAACAAGUCAUUGGCCCUGUGAGCGAUGUCUUGAUGCUUUGAAAGGUAUCAAAAUGUUAUGGAAAAUAAUUUUGGAAAAAAUAUUCCGAGUUAAUAUUCCAAAAACGGAGAAAACUCCUCUUAGUGACCGUUCAUGCAAUAUGUUAACAACGGCGGAAUCAUGGAAAGAUGAUAUUUGCCGUGAAGCUUUAUAUGUUAAAAAUAUGUAUGUAUUUGAUGAGAAUCAGAACGUGACAACAAGUUCAUGUCAAUGCAAUCCUGGAGAAAUUGAUGCGAUUUGUAGCAAAAACAAUAAUGAAAGUUUCUUUGAGAUUCUCAAACCAGAUAAAGUAAGUAGAAGUAUAUCAGUUCACAUUAAGAAAGCUGAUGCCUGUUGCGAAACUUCUUGCUUAGAAAAAGGGGAUAAUAACGUAUGUGAAAAUGAUCUCAACAAUUUGCAACGAAACUUAGACGACCUAACUGUGGAUAUAGAAAGAUUGAAAAAGGAGAACGUGUCGUUGAAGAAGGAGUUACGGGGCGCUUAUAAAAACAGCGCUGUGAAGUGUCGUUUGUCACGUUUGGCAGUACCUCUGUCAUCAAGCGAUCCUUUAGCCUAUCUUCCUAAACCAUUCGAAGAAGAAGAGACAGCUAAUUUGGUUGACGAUGUUGAUUCUGAGAUGAUUAUAACUAUGAAGAACUGCAGAAACUUGGGCUAUAAACAAGUAGCACUUCUACAAGUUUUGCACAAAUCAAACCAACCGUUUUUCAGUACAAACUGUAAUCCUGACUCAUGUUGCAGAAAAGAAGAUCCCAUCCACGUCUUGGAAAAACUGCAAACUACCUUUGGGAAUAUCAUGCAGCGAGAAGCUGGUCUUGUGAACGAUAAGAAGUGCAGUGAAAAACCUCGAUCGGAAGUAGACGCGUCGUAUCAUAGCUACAAAAUAAAGCCGAAGAGCUGUCCUUCUAAACUAUGAACUGACACAAUACUGUUGUCCGAAAAUGAAUGUGAUUGUUCCCGUGAUGUGAAUAACUGAAACAUGUUUGUCUAUUUUAUUGU